AUGGAGUUUUUGGCAAAUGUUGUUACAGCUGAUGUUUUGUAUGAGAAGUUGCUUUCAUCCUUAAAAGUGAUAACUACAGGUUAGACAUAUAUCAUAUGAGGUCAUUAUUUGCUGGUAUGCACACAAUACUAAGGGGGAGGGCUGUUAAAAUGUGGUACUUUUUCUGCAUGUCUAUAAUUGUUUAACCCAUUGAGUGGCAGCACUUUCCCCUGAUGGGUAAAAUCAUCUGGCAUUAGACAGAGUAAAAUGAUAAAGUAGAGUGCAUUGGGUCAUUCCAGAAAACAUCCAUACCACCCCCACGGAGGAAAUAGGAAGUUAACCCCCCAACCCCCUUCGGAUGUCCUAAUACAUUUACUAUUAUCAGAAACAAUUGUUUCUCCACUCCCCCUCCGGACGGCAGAAAUUUCCUCCAUGGGGGGAGUGUGGAUCUUUUCUGGAACGACCCAUUAGAUGUAACUGAUUAACUGGACACAUCGACAGGAAGUCUGAUUUACUUGUCUGGUGUUAGACAGAGUAAAAUGAUAAAGUACUGUGCAUUAGGGCACAGUGUGACUAAAUCGAUUAAUUGAUCGAUGUUAUUUUUAUUUUUGUGAGAGGCCGGGUGAUGAAUGAUGGAGUGGCAGUGUAUGACCACAUCAUAUGUUCUACGGGAUUUCUUCCUGAACAGUGGAAACAAACUAUUCAUUGUAUUUUGUUGUUUUCAUCUCUUUUAGGUUGUUCAAAGUGAGUAUAAUAUGAUAGUCUGUGUUGCGCUGGAUUUUGAGCAAAACUGUAAGAUUAGCUACAAAUAGAAUAUUUAUGUUUUACAUUAUAUGUCUAGCGACAGGAUAUUUUACUUGCCAAAGAAUCUUGGAUGUUAAUGGUUAACCAAACUAUCUACUCAUGUCUCUGUUAAUUUAUUAAAUGGCAAUGUGUGUCAUUGUCCUGCAUUAUUAGAAGAUGUAUAAAUCUAUUUUUCUCACCAAUAAUUAUAUUGUAUAUAUACAUUAAUAGUUAAUUGUGUUACUCUCUCUAUUGCCAGGCAUCUUAACCAAUUUAGAAAGCCUAUUAUUUGACAUAAAUGUCUUAAAUCAUUUCUUCUCAAUCAGUUUAGAUGACAUCCUUGGUGGUGGUUUAUAUUCUGGAGAAGUGAAUGAGAUCUUUGGUUCACCAGGUGUGGGUAAAACACAGGUAAAUGUUCAUGCACCCUUGCAUGUACUCCAACUUCAACCUUAUCUCCUCUGCAGCCCCCACCUACACUGGGAAAAAAUGUGCAAUCCAUACUAUGAUUGCACCACUAAAUCCAUAGUAUAUCCAUAGUAUUUCGAUACUAUAUCCAUACUAUGGAAAUAUCCAAUUAUUAUGGAUAAUUAAAAAUCCAUUCUAUUUCCAAUAAAGGUCCAUACAUUCUAUGGAUUUUCAAUUUUUUUUUCCAGUGCUUAUUAGUCAGGACCAGUGGACCACUAUAACCACAAGUAUGUUGUUUUCUAGAGCUGUCUUAGCGUUGCAUGUCAUGUUGCUGGUACUCUCUUCAAGAAUGUUGUUUACAUUGAUACUGGUGCAGGAUUUAGCAGUAAACGUAUCCAUGAAGUUCUGACGGAGAAAUGUGUAGACAACAGCACAAUGGUCAGUCAUACUGUUAGUCUAAUGGCUUGUUUAGUUUAGGUUUCCUCCUGUAGUAACACUGGAUCAAUAAGAGAUAAACCUUACUGGACCUCUAGGGAGAACAGUUUAGAACUGAUAGAGCUAUCUAGUAUAAAUAAAGUUAGUUUAGUUUAGGUUUCCUCCUGUAGUAACACUGGAUCAACAAGAGAUGACCCUUACUGGACCUCUAGGGAGAACAGUUUAGAACUGAUAGAGCUAUCUAGUAUAAAUAAAGUUAGUUUAGUUUAGGUUUCUUUCUGUAGUAACACUGGAUCAAUAAGAGAUGACCGUUACUGGACCUUUAGGAAGAACAGUUUAGAACUGAUAGAGCUAUCCGGUAUCAAUAAAAUUAGUUUAGCGUAGGUUUCCUUCUGUAGUAACACUGGACCAAUAAGAGAUGACCCUUACUGGACCUCUAGGAAGAACAGUUUAGAAGCUAUCCAGUAUAAAUAAAGUUAGUUUAGUUUGCUUGUUAAUUUCCUGUUAUUAUUACAGAACUAUGUCAACCCUAUGACGAGAAUACAAUGUGUUAAAACAUUUGAGAUAUUCCAUGCUCUCUUCGUUCUGGAGGAACUCAAAAAGUGUCUUUCGUCAGAGGUUUGUACGUGAUCUUAUAGUACCAGAAAAAACGUAAUUCUUUAUAUUGUUAUAUUGUAUCCGGGCAUCGAUAAGGGGUGUAAUAAUUACUACAGGGGUCUGGGACCAUUUCUGUUUUCCAUGAAGGAAGAUGCUUUUUACGAAGAUGUGGUUUUGGUGGUUUUUGACAGUGUCGCUUCCAUUGUCUCACCAAUAUUAGGAGGACCAAAAAGCCAGGGACAUGGUGCGUGUUCAUAGAUUUAAAAAAAAUUGACAUGCGCGUAUAUUGCCCGGAUGAAACGAGGAUGAGAACAUGAGAUUUGGCAGUCAUACGACCUUGGGCUUGGUUAGCUGUUCUUAAUGCUUUCCCAACGCUAUCAUGUAUUCUAUUGAAGUUAAAAAAUAGUUGGAACACUCACCAAACCUUUGUUUUGUUAAUCUAGAGCUUGAAAUCUCCCCUGUAACCAGGGCGCGAUAAUUCAAGAUUUUUAGUCGUACCUGACUGGUACGCCAAUGGUUGUUACCGCGUACUUGCACUAAUACAAACUCAGUUCUCAAUGUGUACUUGGUCAUUAAAAUAAGGUUCAUAAAGUACAGGUUUCUGAAACGUACGUUCAGAUAACGAGGAAGAAAAAGAACCACAAUUGCAUAUACAAACAAUCGACUCCAACAUUUCUUUGUGCCAUCAUUCCAAUCAUGUUUCAUGUCAAGACAUCUCAGACACAUGACAUGAUAUAUACCAACUAAAUUACGGUAUUGAAUACCUUGGGCUUGGAAAUGUCAUGUGAUACCAGCAGAAGUUAAGUGCGCAGAUAGCAAGAGUUCCGCGUACCUACGUGGUACUUGCCUGAAAACAAAGAAGUACCGGUAUACCAGACCGUAAUAUUGGCGUACCUCCGGUACAUAAGUACGCGAAUUAUCACACCCUGCUGUGACAAUGCGUGACUGGUGUUUUGUACUCGGGUGAAUAUGAUGUUUGUGAUGUUACUCUGAGUGUAUAUCCACACCGGGCAAGCUCGAAAAAUAUGCCUGGCCACGGUGGGAAUCGAACCUACGACCUUUGGAAUACUAGCCCAAUGCUCUUCCAACUGAGCUACGCGGCUGCCAACCUGCAGUCUCAUCAACUCUCAUCCUCGUUUCAUCCUGGGCUUAAGCCAGUGAAAGGUAAGCCAGUUUCCUACUUCAAUCGUACCGAAACGUAGCGUAUUCCUUUGUUUCCUGAGCGGUGGUGUGGACCUAAUGACUUCGACACAAAAGAAAAUGCUACGUUACGGUUGAAGUGGAAAACAGGCUUUAUAUUUUGAAAGAAUUCCAUAGUAUGGAUUCCUGAUCAUUCUGCUGUAGGUCAUGGAAUGAUGGUCCGUCUUGGUCGAGCAUUGAAAUCUUUAGCUUAUGAUUAUAAUGUGGCUGUUCUGGUAGGUCUAUAAAAUGGCAUGUAUAUAUAUAUAUAUAUAUAUAUAUAUAUAUAUAUAUAUUUCAUAGAAUUUUGGUAACUUGCUUCCUUUGUUUCACAUGCAAAUAUCACGGUGUGACAUCACAUCGCAUAAUGAGUUUUCAGAAAAGUAUAGUUUUCUUGACGAAUACGUAUCUAAAAAACUUUAAAAUUGUCAAAAUUGCCCUGGUAUAUGUAUUAAUUUCAUAACUGGUAAUUAACCCUCUGUAUUUGUUUGUAAAAAUAUUUUAUCAUGGUAAAAUAUUGCGUUUUCAAAAUGUCAUUAUGUGAUGUGAUGUCACACCGGUGAUAUUUGCAUAUGAAACAAAGUUGAAUAUUUUGCAAAGGAAGCAAGUUACCAAAAUUCUAUAAAAGAAUCUAUUAAGUCAUUUUAAGUGAUCUUUACAAUGCAAUCAUAAACAUUCGGGUGACAUUUCGUGUCAUGGCACUUUAAUGAAUUAUGACUGUAAAACUCAUCCAAUCUUGCCCUUCAUUACAAUUACUUAAACGUUUCUUUCAAAACAUUGCAUUAAAAGGGUACUUGACACAGAGAUGAAUGGCUAUCACUGUUUCAAUUUCGCAGAAAAACUUUCUUGCGAAGUGUAGACCCCAAGUGUUUAAUGCCUUGUAAGGGACAAUAAUGUCCUAUUGCAUUCUACCCCUGCCUCACGGCAAAUCUCUUAAUAAUAAGCAACCCAAAAAAUGUCAAAUUUUCACUUUGAUCUAUCAUUGAAACUUUCCCAAGGGGAGGUGCAUGAUUUUUCAGGGGAGGUGUAAAAAUUCUAAGGGGAGGUGCAAAACAAUCUCAGGGGAGGUACGCACCUUCCCUCAAAAUCCGGUCAUGCAUGGUCGGGAAGUUACUAACUUCACUAACUUUACCGACGAAAAGGCUUCGCUGGAAACGUCGACGUUUUCCUUGUAUUUAUCAGGCAGUUGAAUCCAUCUCAAUCCCAAGGGUGGAUAGUAGCGAAGUAGUUGUAGUUCUCUACUGUAGCGAACUACAAUUUUCAAGUAGCCAGUAGUUUCUGACUACUUUUUUAAAAGUCUUAAAACAGUAGCUGUAUAGUUAUAGGGAACUACAUUUUGCCUAAAAGUAGCUAAGUUGUUGACUACUUUUUAAACAGCGAAUCGCUAUUCGCUACUUUUUAAAAUUGGUAGCAACUUGAUAGAAUAAUAUGAUAUAAUUUAUAUUGGGGCAUGAUAUAGACACGGUUUGCUUAAAAUCAAUACUCAAUAGUCAAUUUGCACUCCUGCACACUGUAGUGCUUACAAAAAAUGUUCCUUUGUGUUUAUUGUUGCUACUCGUAAAUCGAUUUGUUAAAGGUUACGUUACAGCCUGAGUUAGUAGAUGCUGCAAAUACGGUAAAACUAAAAAAUAUAGCGUAGCGAAAUAGCGAAAUAGUUCGCUACAUUUUUUAAGCAGAGACUAUAAUCAGUAGCGAACUACCUUUGUUCAAAAGUAGCAGUAGUUGUAGCUGACUACGUAUUUUUGAAGUAGCUGUAGUUAUAGCGAACUACAAAAAUUUUGUAGUCAACCCACCCUUGCUCAAUCCUCAACAGAGACAGUUCGAGUUUAUAUCACUACUAAAAUCCCAUGCUUUAAAAGUAACCCAACGUUUACUUGUUUAUCUCUUCAGUUCACAAACAACGUUGUAUCAGACUCGAACAGUUCCUAUACAAAACCAGCGCUGGGUAUAUCAUGGUCUCAUAUGCCUAACACCAGAAUAUUUUUGCAUCAGAGCGAGCAGAACCCUCCACAAAAAUUUAUGAAAAUUACUAAAAGUGUUCGAAUGGUAAUAGACUUUACUUUUUAUCGCACUUUUGUUUCAAUGGCCUCGUUUCCAUGUUUGUCUGUUUUAUUAAUGCAGGAACACAUGAAGGUUAUAUUAACUACACAGAGUUCCAGGGGUUGGGGGGGGGGGGGUUCGGGGGCAUGCGCCAUUGGGCCAACAGAGAUAUAAACAGUACAAUCUAUUCAACAAUUUCGCCCAUAUUCUAAAAGCUCACUCACAGUCACACUCAAUGAGUGGAGGUUCAAUCUGAACUUCCCUUGUUUAUUUACACGUGUUUAUUUUAUGUAUAUAAUUUGCAUAAAUAAUUUACUUCCGUCAGAUUUUCAGCCAUUUUUUUUGGAAAAGCAAUAGGUAACUAUUGCUUUUCCCAAGAAAAUGGCUGAAAUCUGACGGAAGCUCCGAGCAGUCUGCUCAACUAUUGCCUCAGGGAAGCAACCAGAAUGCUCAAAGGCCAUUUUUCAAUACUGAAAUUAUAUGAUAUAAAAUAUCUCGCACUGAAAAUGGACAGCAUAAACUGCACAAUAAUGCUCAGUGGAAACCAUUUAUUACUUCGUUUUUCGUUUUCAGCCAUUACAAGACAGUGUCCCUAUCUCAAUCAACGAAUCUGGUUUGCAUUAA